AAAACAUUAUCAAACUUCUGACGAGGCAAUUUCCUUUAAUAUUUAUUUAGAUACAUAGCACUAGAAUGGACGACAAGCAUAUUAAUGAUUUUGCUGAUUUUGAAUCAACUCUGCAGAAGAUUGAGGAUAUUUUACAAAAUAAAGGAUCAUCUGCGGAAGAUGAAUCUGUCCUUCCAAAGGCCAAAACCGCGGAAGACUUUGAGAACCUCGAUGUUGAUAAGGUGCACUUAACAAUACGUGAAGACCGCACUGUAAUCAAUAAGAGUGAUGCUAAGCCUAAGGAGCAGAAGGGCAACGAGAAUACAAUGGAUCAGCAGAGCUUCAUGAAGGAAGUGGAGAGGGAUGCGAAUGAAAGGGCUCAGUCACGCGCUAAGCGUGAACACGAAGCGGAAGGGCAUCGUUGUCAAGGAAAUGAGGCUUUUCGCAAGGGAAGUUAUGAGAAGGCAAUUUUGCAUUACAACAAGGCGGUUGAACGCGUUAAGGAUAGUGCAAUAACCUACAACAAUCGGGCCUUGUGCUACAUCAGACUUCGCAACUACAAGCGUGCUCUUGACGAUUGUCAAUAUGUACUGGACAAAUUGCAGGAAACCAAUCUACGUGCUUGGCUUUAUAGGGCCAAAGCUUACAAGUGCCUGAAGGAUGUUGACAAGUUUGAGGAGAGCGUUGCCAAAGCUCGACAGCAUAAUCCAAAGCAACUUUCGUAUAUUGACAAAUUUAUUGGACAGAUUGAAGACGAAAUGUAGAAGUGUCUAGUUGCGAAUAGAUAACUAUAGUAAUACGAAAAUAAAUGUAUUGUUACUUACUCAG